AUGGCUUAUAAGGUGGUAGACAUUGACAUUUACGGCUCUUUCAAUGUUUUACGUGAAACACCUGCGGUGGAUAAUGCGUGUAAACUGAAAACGGUGAUGUCCGUUGCAGGGUCUGACUCUUCAGGAGGUGCAGGAAUUGAGGCAGAUUUAAAGACCAUUACCGCACAUGGAUGUUAUGGUUUAACUGCAAUCACAUGCCUAACAGCGCAAAAUACUAUCGGGGUCAAAAAUGCCAUAAAAACGACACCCCAGUUAAUUGAAGAUAUCUUGGAUUCCAACUUUACUGAUAUUCCGAUCAAUGCGAUUAAAACAGGUUUGUUAACUGAACAUGCGAUUCCUGCAUUGAGGAAAUCAAUGGAAAAGUACUCUUACAAAGGACAUCUGGUUGUCGACCCUGUUAUGGUCAGCACAUCAGGUUAUGAUUUUAUCGAUAAUACCGUACUAAAAAUGAUCAUUGAUAGUUUGUCGCCAUUCAUAACAAUCAUUACGCCCAAUAUGAUUGAAGCAAAGUGUUUAGUAAAUACAUUACUUCAAGAGCAGAAAUAUGAUGAAAACAGUAUUUUAGACUUGGAUGACGUUUUUGGGAUGUGUCAAUUGAUACAUGAAAACACUGGUAUUAGCAAUAUCUUAAUCAAAGGUGGACAUCAGCAGUGGGGUGAUUCAAAGUUGACGGAUAUUUUAUUUAUUUCUGAAGAAAAAACGUUUUAUAAAUUCAACUCAAAGAUGAUUGAUUCUAGACACACGCAUGGCACUGGCUGCACUCUAUCUUCAGCUAUUGCCUCUAACUUAGCCAAGGAUUUGACACUAGUCAACGCAGUUGGAAACGGUAUUGUCUAUGUUCAAAAUGGUAUUAAAUGUGCACCAAGGUUAGGAAACGGUAAUGGUCCGUUGAAUCAUAUUCAAACCAUCAAUUACGUCGACUAUGUUUAUAAUCAAUAA